UAAUAAUAUUCCUCUGAUACCAUCCUAUACAGUGCACUGUGCCCAACUGUGCCGCAUGUUUGCGUUGCCGGUUUGCGCGUUGCUCUUAUAGGUUAAGUUAACGUUACUUAAUAUUUUUAUUGUAUAUUAUUUUUGUUAAUACCACGAUCUAUUUGUACAAAUAAUCACGCCAUGGUCGUCUUUACUUGCAAUCAUUGUGGUGAUUCAUUGAAAAAGCCAAAAGUGGCUACACAUUAUCAGUUGAUAUGUCGAAAUGUGCCCUUCGUAACCUGCGUGGAUUGCUUGAAGGAUUUUCGAGAUGACGAGUACGUUGCGCAUACUAAAUGUAUAACUGAGGCUGAGAGAUAUGGCGCUAAAGAUUACGUUCCAAAACCCAGUGCUAAUAAGGGCGAGCGCAAGCAGCAGGAAUGGAUUAACGUUGUUAAUGAUUUGCUGAAUGGGACAGUGCAUCUAUCGAAUGUGGAGCGAAACUUUCUCAACAUUUUAUCGAAGUAUGAUAAUAUACCGAGAAAGAAGGCUAAAUUUCUUAAUUUUGUGCGCAGCGCGAUAGGCAAUCGCGUUAAUGCAUCGAUUGUGGAGAGCGUUUGGGACAAAAUGGAAAAUGCGCAUAAGCAGAGUCAACAAGUGGUUACGAAGACUACAGAGAACAGUGUUACACAGAGUCAAGAGCAGAACAAGCAUAAUAUGACAUGUAUGGAAAAUGUGAACUCUAAUAACUCACUUGACAGUCAGAAUAUUGCUGAGAAUCAAAACAAUGAAAAUAUAUGCAAAGAAAAUAAUUCUACGAGUCAGGAAAAUGGAAAUGACAAAGUAUGCGAGAUGAGCAAUGGUCAUCUGCUCGAAAAGCGAAGUAAAUCUAAAAAACGGAAAUUAGAACCAGCGAGCACUCAAUUACCAGAGGAAGAUCAAACUGCUGUGAAAAUUACAAAACAAUCUGUUUCGAUUACAAACGAUAAUGGAAGUGAUGUUGCUAUAUUUCGUUGGAAAAAAACUAUUUUAGACAUUUUACAUACUAAGGGUGAAAUGCCUUUAAAAAAAUUACGAGAUAAGGUUAUGAGAAAAUGUAUAUAUUACGUUUUUAGCUUAAAUGACAAUACUUUCAAACUGACUGAAUAUGAAAAGGCUAUUGCAAAGUUUAACAAAACGAUGGAAAAACUGAAAGAAUCGUCUGCGAUAUGUAUUUCAGAAAAUAAAGUACAAUUACUUUAGGUAAAAUAAAUUUAUACAAAAGAAAUUGCAAAUUAGAAUAAAAUAUUAUAAAUAAAAAAAACAUUUUACUUGA